CACCCACCUGUGCUUGCCGUUUCUCGCACUCACGACCAUACCACCUCAUUCCUGACAAUCUCGCUCCCCCGCGACAUCAUAGCUUCGGCUCUGGAGAGCGUCCGCUGGGCCAGCUGCGAGACGGCGUCAUCAUGUCGAACACGCAAGCAUCGGGCUCAGGCUGCAGCUCUGCCUCUCGCAACAGAUACGGUGGCGGCGUGACCACAUUCAUACCGGCCAGUGCACUACAUGAGGACGAGAGGGGCGGCACUUCGAACGAGCAAGCAAAGGCAGGUACGGAGGGAGAAGAUGGUGCGCGCGCCUCGAUAGCUGGACGACGAGGAGGAGGCACAGACGAAGUGGAUGUGGCUGGAUCGUUUGCUGGACGAGCUGCUAGCAUUGUGGAUCACAGGUUGCAGACUUGGCUCACACCGCACGCAGCCCGAGGAUGGAAGAGGGCGUUUGGGAACUUGCUGGGAAGCUGGGAUGGGCUGGAAGCCGUCAUGCAUCUUGGCGAGGCAGCUCUUUUGCUCGUUUAUUCUCUCUUAUCGUCUCCAAAGAGGAAGCUCAGCGCUGUCUCGCCAUUGUUACUCUUCAUGAUCUUUCGAUCCUCGACUCGUCGCCAAGCCCUUCAACGUUUACUAGCCACGUCCGAAUUCCUCAGCGGCGCUCAAACACUUCUGACUCUAAGCCGUUUCACAUAUGCCGCCUUUCGAACCAUGGUGGACUUUACAAAGUUCCAAUUCCCUUUGUUCCAUGGGCGAAGAAGGGAUAGAACAGGGGUCAUCAUCAACAGCACGGAGAAGUGGACGGAUUUGAGAAAGGAUGAUCAAUUGAACCAUCCUGAUGAGGCUCACGCAACCGGUCGCAAUGCCCAGUUGGCAAAGUUGUACUACAAUCUGUAUCAGAGCUUUCAUCUGCUGGCACAACACUCGGCUGAGCUCAUGAUCAUCACCGGUGAGACUUUGGAGCUGGCUUCGUACUUGGGUCAUAUGCACAAAGGCUUCAUGGUGGGAGAGAAAAACAGCCUGAGGUAUCGGAUCGUGUCAGGCUUUGGACUCAGAAGCAGGACCAAGACGGAGAGGAUUGGACUGAUCCUUGGAUUCUCUGGACGAGUGUUGCUGCUGUUGGAAAUGCACUUCCGACUUCGCCAUAUCAGAAAUUCGCUUCUGCGUCGUGCAAACGCUCGAUUGAUAGCAGCUACCGAUCUGCUCAAUAGCACUGGGGACGCACGAGACUCUGCAAGGUUGCUAGGAGGUCGCAGGAUGGAAGUGCACGAGGCAAUGGCUGCUCGAGAGAGGGGUGCGGCACAUCGUCGACCAGUUGAACCUCAGCAUGACGUGCAUGGCACUGAAGAUUGCGCCUCGGAGAGCAGCGGAUCCUCAACGGCUCAACCCGAGGAUACUGCAGAUAGGCAGACCACCUUUCAUUCCAAGGAUUUGGCACUUUUGUCAAAGACGAAAUCUGCUGAACAGCUCCUUCGCAAAGAAGAGAUCAAUAUACGAGACUUUAAGCGAGAAAUUUCGGCUCUCAAGAUGGAAAAGUGGGCUUUAAGGGCCGAAGCGCUGUCGGGCUACCUACAAAUUUGGCUGCCUGACCGAGACAAUACCAGGACAGAAGCAGUCUGCGAACUCUUUGCUGCGUUGUUGGAGGCCAAUAAAGUGGCCAAGGAUCUCUAAAGUCUUGGCUGGCCCUUGUCUUUCACGCCUUACCCCAAAAGUCUCUGCCUCUGCCUUCCAAACCUCACUCGCACGCCUGCUGCCUUACUUUGUGUCACCGUCUUUCUCUAAUUUCACAGCUCAAGAGUCAGAGUCACUCGAUCCUCACCCACUUCAAUUGCAUUACUAUCGCAGCG